AUGGGUAAUAAAUACAAAAGUGUUCCCAAAGAAACUGAUUUUUCUAUUAAUGAUUUUAGAACUUUAAACAAGCAUGACGAUAUACAAAUUCUUCAAUCAAAUUUGAUACCUUUAAUAAAUAAUGAGUUGAAUAAAUUGGAUAUUUAUUUUGAAGAUUAUAAUGCAUCUGUUCGUGCUCUUAAAAACGUUCAAGAGUGGUUGAAAUCAAACAAAAUCAAGAUUGGCCAAGUCGAUCAUCUGGCUUCAAUCAAAUUGAGAUGGUUACAAAGACGAGUUUCCAGUUUGUUACCAAUAACUUAA